AUGCUAAAAUCGUUUUUGAGAGCAUCAAGUCUUUCUUCUCGAGUACUUCAAUUUUCGCGGAACAUGCAUGUUGAUUACUUGCCAAUGAGAUGGAAAUCUGGCGAUAAUUACUGCUAUAUCCUCUCAGACGACGAAACCAAAAGAUCAUGGUUGAUUGACCCUGCAUAUCCAUCUGAGAUAUCGUCGUAUCUGUCAAAUCAGAACAAAACAGACGUUGUUGCAAUUGUCAACACACAUCACCAUUAUGAUCACUCAGGUGGUAACGAGGAACUGCUCAAAUCUAUCUAUCCUGGUGUUGACGUUAUUGCAGGAAAAGAUUCCCCGCAUGUUAGUCAAAUUCCGAAAGAUGGUGAAAUUAUGGAAUUAGGCAAGAAUAUCAAAAUCAAAGCUAUCCAUACUCCUUGUCACACUCAAGACUCUAUUUGUUAUUAUGCUGAAGACCAGAAGACUGGUCAAAAAGGUGUUUUCACCGGAGACACGUUAUUCAUUUCGGGCUGUGGUCGCUUCUUUGAGGGUGAUGGUGCACAAAUGAAAGCAGCUUUCGAAAAGCUACUUGAGCUCCCAGAAGACACUAAAGUCUAUCCUGGACAUGAAUACACCAAGUCAAAUGUGAAAUUCUCAAAAAUAGUUCUGGGACCUAAGAAUGAGGCAUUGAACGACUUAGAGGAGUAUUGCUCUAAGCACGAGGUCACAACUGGAGUGUUCACUAUCGGAGAUGAAAAACGCUUCAAUCCUUUUGCUAGACUCUCUGAUCCUGAAGUUCAGCGCUCAACUCAGGAGACAGAUCCGGUCAAGAUAAUGGACAAGCUUCGUCUAAUGAAGAACAACUUAUGA